AUGUCUGUUUUUAGAGGAUUUUCAGCCUAUGAUUAUGGGAGAGAAUAUUUUGCCAUCUUUGUACGAAGAAACUUUCAAACUUCAUAAAGAUGGUGUGAAGUCAGGAGUGAAUUAGAAAAAAAGUUAUAAGAAUAGAAAAAAAAGCCUGAGAGUUCUUUCGAAAUGGAGAGUGAGUUUGGAAAUUUCUAUUGCCAAUUUGAAAAGCAAACAAGUUAAUUAUGUGCGUAUAUUUUAGAGUGUUACUUUAUAUUGUUGAGCAAUCAGAACACAAAAAAGGAAGAACAAUAAAAAGUGUUACAAACCAUUAUUGAACAAAUAAAAAAGGUUAACAAUUACAUCAAACUAACGCGAGAAGAAUUUGAAUAGAAGUUGAAAUAAGAUAUUUUAGAUAGUUUAAGUCGAGCUGAGUAGGAGUAUAUAGAGACACAUGGAAAUUUGGAUUAUUUAUUGAUUUAACAGUCACAAGAAAAAAAGAAAUUUAGAAAGGAUUUGGCAUAAUAAAUUGAUAAAAAGGCAGAGCACAAAUAAAAGACUUAUGAAUUAAUUGAGAAAUUGAUAAUAAAAACCAAAACUGCCGAUUUGGAACCAUAAUAUAAGUUUAUGUUCAAAGGAUUCAUGAUGUUUGAUUAUGUUCGACAAUAUUUUUUGAUGUUGAUCAACAUAGCCAUCCCAAUUUAGAAUAAAUGGAUAAAUGAUCGAAACGCUUUAUAGAAAAUAAUAAUGGAUAAUUAAAAGAAACCUCAAGAAUUUAUUUAAUUAAAGGGGGAGGGAGGCUAAUUUUAUGCCAAAUAUCAUAAAGAAAAAAAAUGCUACUUUAUUCUUUAUACCGAUGAAGUUAUUGAUUUAGAAAAAUAAAAAUAAGUUGUGGACCAAGUCUAUCAAUUGAUCACUCCGGAUGGAAAAUAUAUAAAAAUGAAUAAAGAAGAAGUUGAUUUAAAAUACUCAUAAUAAGUCAAAACUAUUUUACAAUAAAAUGAAAAGGUGGACACCGAAUAACUCAUGAAAAUAGAAGGAAAUAACAGAUAAAAGACUAUUUCCCCUGAGUAAUAAUCUGAUAUCAAUGAUCCUUUGAAAUCCAAUAAAACUGGAUCAAUCAAUAACUAACAAAGGAACAAUUUAUAUUUAUAGGAAGAGAUGAAACCACUUAAUUAAUGA